AUGGCGGGCGCGGCGCUGUCGCGGGUGCCGGCCGUGCAGAUCGAUGGCGACGGUGUCUUCAAGUACGUGCUGCUGCGGGUGCGCGGGCCCGGCGCGCCCGCCAAGGACGUCGUGCGAGGCCACGCCUGGGCCGAGUACCACGCCGACUUGCUGGAGCGGACGGCGGAGGAGCUGGCGCGGCACGGCCUGAGCUGUGAGUGCCUUGGCGGCGGCCGCCUGUCCCACCGGCCCGAGGAGAGGAAGAUCCACGUCUACGGGUACUCAGUGGUAAGCGGGAGCGGGGGGGACCCACGCACGGACGCGGCAUCUCUCUUCGCACUGUCGUUCCACUGGCGGCGGCCGAGUUGGCAUCGCAUCCCCUCGGGGGUGGAAGGGGCUUUGGACGAGCUGACCACGCCGUGACCACAGAGAAGCUGAAGGCCGAAUAUCCCGACUAUGAGAUCACCUGGGCAGAUGAAGGGUACUGACUCCUGUGUCUGUGGUGGCAGCCCAGGACUGGCACAGCUGCAUGCAGCACCGGGGUGGUGGCAGCAGGCUCGCCGUGCUCCAGGCUCUCCUGAUUUUCCUCUGUGUUGAACUCGCCCGUUCUCCGCUAAUACUGGACUGUCCCCGUGUCAGGUGCUCCCACCUCCCUGGCAUGGCAAAGCUGGUGAAGCCAGUGGUUGCCCUACCCCAGCCUCCUGGUGCCAGGGGCUCAUCCACGUGUAUGUGUGAGAAUUAAAGUCGUUGGAGGAGCACA